UGCCUAUGAUGUCAUUCACUAUCACGAGACCCACGUGGUAGAAACAAUUUGCUGCUCUGCUGUCUGCUCCAAGAACGUUGAAGGAUUGAUCUCCACGCGCGACAUGCCAUGCUCACAGCGGAUACCGAAUGGAUUCCUCAGGCUUGCCAAUGCUCCCUAAAAUGUACACGGUGGUUCCUACCAUCCCAGAACUCACGGCAAAAGACCAAUCCUCACAGUUUGACCUUGCAGAACUAGAUCUAGCUGGAGAGAUGUACCAGGCUGAUCAUUUGCAUGCUGAUGUCAGUGCCAGUGGGUUUCCAGACAAGUCAGGUGAGUUAAUCAUCGGGUGUGUGCAUGACAGAGAGGAGGCUCAGCAACUGGAGAUUGAUGAAUGUGAACUGGAAAGUCUACUGGAGGGCAUUGACAUGACAGAGUUGCUAUCUUUUCUACCAGUGGAGGAUGGAGUAGCCUCAUCUCAGCCCAUCUCCCGCAGCAGUCUCAGAUAUCUCCUCUCACUACCCGUGUUGGUCUCCAAGAACAAUGUUCGUUCACAACAGUACCUGGCUGAGUGUGCUUCACUACAGUAUAGCGACGUCGACCGAGUUACUAUUCUAUGCAACCAUCCUCUUUUUGAGACGCUUAAAUAUUUCAUUAAGAUGAAAAUCGCCCUAAUACACAAACAAGAAUCUCCCCGCAGUAAGAACCACACAUAUAAGUCGAUACAUUUGGCAAAACAAACAGUCGUGUUGGCAAAAAAAGAAUUCGACAAUUUGGAGUUGUCUUCAAACCCUUUAUGUCCUCAUGCCUUUACCAGUGGGUACCCUGAGGCUGAUGAAGUUAUAUUGGGUGCAGUGAAGUCUGCUGUACAACUGUGUAAUGAUGACAAGUUCAUUGAUGUCAUAGUCAGAGCUGACGAAGACUGUAACUCCAUGUUAACUUCUGUCAGCUCAUUCUGUCAAAAUUUGCUUCAAACGGCUCGAAAAGACGCUGAAGAACACAAGAAAAACACUGCCACAAACAGAACUAGUUCAAUUCGUGUGAGCUUAAAGGACAAAACUAAUACCGAGCAAAAGUAUUCUAAGAAGACAAGUUGUGUUCAAACCAAAAAGCGGAAAUAUAAAAUUAUUCCAAGGCAGUCCUUGGAUAUCCUUCGUCAGUGGUUGAUAGAACAUGCCGACAAUCCAUAUCCUAACAACGCUGAAAAAAUAGAGCUGUGUUUGAGAACUGAUAUGACCCUGGACAGACUCAACCAGUGGUUCAUUAAUGGAAGGAGGCGAGUACUGGCUUCCAUGGGACUGCUUGUACCUAGAAUUUAAUUGAAGGAUAAUAUCUUCAUUUUACUUCAAUAAUUUAUAAUUGUUUUUAUGACUCUUUACUUCAUCUGUCGUAUCGGUGUACUACAUUGUACAUGCAUGUAUAUUAUACGAUGAACAGCUUUAAUUAACUUUCUCUCCUUAUUGAAUCUUCAAU